AUGGCGGUCCCCUACAGCCCUGGGCUUAUGGGGUCUCAACCCGAUCGAGUUCUCCUCGACAACACUCAAAGCCCCAUUAUCUUCGAUCACGUCGUUAUCCUGAUCAAUUGGACGACUGAAGAAUUUCGGAAAUUGAUAUCGGACACGAUGCGUACCUUGAGAGAAAGUGGCUACAUGCAUAUUGCUGUCCGUCUCGUGCGGAGCCUGAGGGAAGACUUGGUCCUCUUUGGUGAAGCGUAUGGCGCAGUCAAUAGCCCCUGGCCGGUCUUGAUUGGAAAACCAGGAGAUCCUUCGAUUCCAGAAGAUUUGCUCAAGGGCUAUGAUAAAUGGCCCGAAGAACCGAACAUACGAAAGAGUAUGGGAGGUAAAGACCUGCUCAAGGGCUACGAUAAAUGGCCAGAAGAACCGAACAUAAGAAAGAGUUUGGGAGACAAAGACCAUCAUGAAGGCUAUGAUAAAUGGCCAGAAGAGCCUGACAUACGCAUGUCAGUGAUUGCCGAAGACGCUCCAGGCGACUCCAUGCCGAAUGAUGGAGAUCCCGACGUCUGGAAGGAUCCGGAACCUGAUCACAGUCUUCGUACCACAUCAGACUAUUCGAUAGCAUCUCACUGUCCCGAGUGCGACGGAACAGGUUCUUGCAGCUGCUCGUAUGUAUCCUGA